UGUGCACAGUGUGGCAGUCCCUUGCAACUGAUGAUGAGAUGCAGGGACUGUUUUCAAGUGCUCCCUCUAUGCAGCACAUGUCAAGUUACUGCCCAUGUGCACAAUCCAUUUCAUUGGACAGAGGUAUGGGAAGGAAAGUUUUCUAGGCACAAGUCACUACACAACUUGGGCCUCAUCAUUUGUCUAGGACACAACGGCGCAGCAUGUCCUGCAUCAACCCCCCCAGCCCUCACACCAUUUGUGGUGCUCCAUGCAAAUGGCAUUCACAAUGUUUUGUGGGCCUUCUGCCAAUGCUACAGAUGUCCCAAUCACUAUGUUCAGCUGCUUUGCACCAAACUAUUCCCUGCAUUGUUUGACAACCCAAAGAUGGCCUUCAGCUUUGCAGUAAUGAAAGAUUUCCAUAUGCAUAUGCUUUGCUCAAAGAAGUCAGCAUAUGACUAUUAUGCAAAGCUCAUAAGACAAACCAGCGACAUCAUCCUGGCCUCCACCAAUGAUUGCUAUCAAGAGCUUCUCCAUGCAAGCCAAAUUUCGAUGGACCUGGAAGUGUCCCAGUGCUGUGGGGAGGCCCAUGGCAUCACAAACAAUCUUCCUCCAUUUGCAGCUACCCAGGUUCACAGUCCGCUUUGUCCAGCAUGCCCCCAGCUCAGUAUUAAUAUCACCAAGGAAGAAUUGGCAAAAGCUGACCCAGCCAAACCAUGCAUACCAUCUGAUUUUUGUUUGGAUGUGAGCAUCUGA